AUGAUUUCUCCUCCUCCCCCAGGUGUCUACGUUCCCGCAGUUCUUUUCUUCGAUGAACACGAAGAACUCGACAUUGCAGCUAUCAAAGCUCACGUCCUCCGUCUUGCACAAGGAGGCGUUGCAGGUAUUUUAGUUCAAGGUUCCAAUGGCGAAGCUCAGCACCUUUCUCAAGAAGAAAAGAAGCAAGCAAUCUCGGUUACUAGAAUCACCCUGGAUGAGAAUGGGUUCAAAGAUGUGGUAGUAAUCGCUGGAACGGGAGCGCCUUCUACUCGUGAAACGAAGAAACUCAAUGUCGAUGCACACGAAGCGGGGGCAACCUAUGCACUGGUUCUUACACCGGGCGUUUGGCCAAAGCUGAUGACACUGGAUAACAUCUUGCGAUUUCAUCGAGAGACCUUCCUAACGAACGUCAAGGUUGCAGAUGCAUCACCCAUUCCAACAAUGGUAUACAAUUUCCCCGGUGUCACGGCCGGUAUCGACCUCGACUCGGACGCGAUCCUCGAGCUCGCCAAACACCCCAACAUCGUCGGGACGAAACUCUCUUGCGGAAAUAUAGGCAAGAUCCAGCGCGUUACUUCCACCUUGCCGCCUUGCACUUUUGCCACCUACCCGGGCAGAAGCGAUGUCUUCAUCCACGGGCUGAACGCAGGAGCAGCUGGUGUGACUUCAGCGCUUGUGAAUAUUGUUCCCAAGUUACAUGCUAAGUUGUAUAGGUUGUGGAAGGCAGGCAGGGCACAGGAGGCUAUGGAGCUACAGGCAAGACUUGGACAUGGGGAGUGGGCAGCGUCCAAGGUUGGAGGAAUUGGGGGUAUCAAGGCUGUUGUAGCCAAACACUUUGGGUACGGACGAGGGUACGUCCGCGGCCCACUCAAGGCCGUCGACGACGACAAGUUGGUCCAGCACAAAUACUACCAGACCCUUGUGGACCUGAUCGAAGACGAGAACCGCUGUGACCUCUCACAAUUCUAG